UCUAUGGAAAGAUGGUUUGUUGGCUGAGGUGAAACGUGAAACGGGUGGAGUUUAUAGCAUAAUCACAUACAGUUGUAGUUUUAUAACAUAAAUUCUAAGAAAAUGUUAGAAGUAUUCAUAUACAAUACAUACAAUAUAUCUUUAUCCUCAUUUUUUAAUUAAAUUAUUAAUGAAUUGUCAAUAUUGACAAACAGCUUAGUUCAGGAUGUCGAAGCGGUCAGCAGAAGAUGGUGGCAAUGGCACCAGUCAGCCACCGAUCAAGAAGGUUCACUUUGAACCUCAUCUCAUCGGGCCAGUAUCCACUCUUGAAGAAAUGGACAUCAAAGUCCUUCAAUUUCAAAACAAAAAAUUAGCCCAGAGAAUAGAGCAAAGGCAUCGUUGUGAAGCAGAACUUCGAGCAAGGAUUGAACAACUGGAGAAGCGUCAAACACAAGAUGAUGCUGUCCUGUGUGUUGUAAACCGAUACUGGAACUUACUGAAUGAAGACAUACGAGUUCUGUUGCAGCGUUUUGAUGCAGAAACAGCUGAUGAAUCAGAGAACAAGAAUGAGAAUGAAGCAACGACUUCGUUCUUAAUGCAGUUGUCAACAUGGGACAAAGAGGAGUUGGAUGCACAAUUAGCUAACAGAGUCCAAGUCAGCAAGAGAGCGGUGGCUAAAGUCUUACAGGCAUUUGAUAGAUUGCAGCAGAGGAAUGAUAAGAUUUGGAGAGCAAUUAAGGGAGAGGGAGAAGAAGGUGCACCAGCACCAUCUCUAGAUGAAGUGGUGCGUGCUACGAACGAGGAAGUGACAGCAGAAAAUCGUCGCCUUCAAGCAAUAUGUACCACAUUACAAGAAAACCACCAUGCCAUGACCCUACGUGUGGCUCAGCUGCAGGAUGCAGUGAACAGUCGGGAUACAGAGAAUGCAGAACUAAAGAAUCAGAUUGAUGAUUUGCAAUAUGAACUUAUGAAGGUGAGAUCGAGAAAUGAUAAAUUAGAAAACCAUCUAGCAGAGGCAAUUGAGAAGCUGAAAAGUUACCAUCAGUCGGGCGCGAGUGCCAGUAGCAGCAACUCAGCAUCAACUGGGGGAACGCCCCUCACAGCGGCCGCUGCGGCUAAGCUGGAAGAUGUGGCCGCAGAACUGGAGGAGCAGAGAGAACUGGCCAACAACCGACUUGCGGAACUUGAUCGCUUGCACAGGCAGCACAGGGACAUGCUCAAGGAAGUAGAAAAACUUAAGAUGGAUAUACGUCAGUUACCUGAAUCAGUGAUUGUAGAGACGACAGAGUACAAGUGCCUGCAGAGUCAGUUCUCGGUGCUGUACAAUGAGUCCAUGCAGAUGAAGACUGCGCUGGACGAGACUCGCAUGCAGUUACAGAAUGCUAAGAAUCUACAUAUGAGACAGAUUGAAAUGAUGGAGAGUGAGGAGUUAGCAAGGCAGAAAGCACUCCGUGCUGAGAUGAUACAGUUGGAAGACGUGCUCGGUCAGCUGAGGAAGGAGUACGAGAUGUUAAGGAUAGAGUUUGAGCAGAACUUGGCUGCCAACGAGCAAACUGGACCCAUCAACAGGGAGAUGAGGCAUCUCAUCACCUCUCUGCAGAACCACAAUCAGCAGCUCAAGGGCGAAGUCUCCAGGUACAAGAGAAAAUACAAGGAUACCAGUCAAGAAUUGAAUAAACUUCGUAAAGAAACUGAAGAGGCGGCGGCGCGGGGCGGCGCCUCCACCAGCGGGGAACAGCCUGACGAGAAGCCGCCGCCUGUUAAAAAGGAGGAGCCCGACCCUGACGGCGAGGACCAGGGGGGUGGUGUGGGCGGAGUAGGGUGCGUGGGGGGCGUGGGGGCGGAGAAGCCGGCCAGCAAGGAGCAGGCGCGCGGCAAGCUGCACGAGCAGGAGCUGAUCAUCAAGGAGCUCAAGCAACAGCUCAAAAAGGCUGUAAACGAGCAGAAAGAGCUGAAGCUGUUAUUGGACAUGUACAAAGGUGUGAGCAAAGAGCAGCGCGACAAGGUCCAGCUAAUGGCCGCGGAGCGCAAAGCCCGCCAAGAACUCGAGGACCACCGACAGAAGGCAAAGAUGGCACAGGAGAGCAAACGCGAGCGUCGCAUGGCGGAUGAGGACGCGCUGCGUAAGAUCAAGCAGCUGGAGGAACAGAAGUACGAGCUGCAGAAGCAGCUGUCCUGCGCUCGUCCCAACGCGGACCCGCUGCACGCCUUCUCCAGACCUUUCGCUGGAUCACAGGAGGAGGAGGCGUUGCUGAACGAGAUGGAGGUAACGGGGCAGGCGUUCGAGGACAUGCAGGAGCAGAACUCGCGCCUCAUCCAGCAGCUGCGAGAAAAGGACGACGCCAACUUCAAGCUGAUGUCGGAGCGCAUCAAGGCCAACUCACUGCAUAAGCUGCUGCGCGAGGAGAAGCAGUUGCUGCACGAAAAGGUGGUGACGCGGGACCAGCAGAUCGAGUCGAUGGGGGCGGUGGCGCGGCGGCUGGAGGAGAAGGAGCGGCUGCUGCAGGCGACGCUGUCUGCGGUGGAGAAGGAGCUGCUGCUGCGCCAGCAGGCUAUGGAGAUGCACAAGCGCAAGGCCAUCGAGUCCGCGCAGUCCGCCGCUGAUCUCAAGUUGCAUCUAGAGAAGUACCACGCACAGAUGAAGGAGGCGCAGCAGGUGGUCGCGGAGAAGACGAGUGCGCUGGAGGCGGAAGCUUACAAAACAAAAAGAUUACAUGAGGAGCUGGCGAUCCUGCGACGCAAGGCGGAGCGCAUGAAGAAGAUGGAGCAGGCGGGUAGCAGCAUGGACGAGGUGCUGCUCGAGGAAAUUCGCGAUUACAAAGAAACUCUCACAUGCCCCUCCUGCAAGGUGAAACGCAAGGACGCGGUGUUGACGAAAUGUUUCCACGUGUUCUGCUGGGACUGCCUGCGCACGCGCUACGAGACGCGCCAGAGGAAGUGCCCCAAGUGCAACGCCGCAUUCGGCGCCAACGACUACCACCGCCUCUACCUCUCCACCUAGACCCCACCACCAUACCCCCACCGGCACACGCCCGACACACGCCCCCAGCGGCACACCCCCACCACACGCCCCCAGCGGCGGCGGACAUCAUUUAAUGAAUUUUAUAUUUAUUACAACCUAAAUCAAGGUACGAGUUAGCUCUCCUAUGAAGAGAAUCUGGAGUAACUUGUAUGUAGGAUGAUAUCGUCUCUCUGCUGUGCCUUCAAAGAUGUGAGCCAAAUGUAUGGAGAUAUUAAUUAAAUAGUUUGCUGUCAGCCUACAGAUUAUAACCGCGCCUUUUACACAAAUAGUACCAGAUAUAAGUGUAGAAAAUAUGUCUUAUUGUUUAAAUAGGCUAUGUACAUAGAACCCCGUCUCGUUUAUACAUCAUUGUUGUAUAUAUUUGAUUUGCGAGAUAAUUAACAAGGGCGAAUAUUUGCUAUGAUCUCACAGCAUAAGCUACUUUUUAUUUAAUACCUGAGCGAGUUAGUGUAUUUAAAAAGCAGUAUUGAACAAAAAUCAUUUUUUUUAAAUAACCACCGCUUAUAAUGGAAAAGUGGUUUUGUUUUUCAACCUUCUAAAAGAAAUCGAGACUUAAAAAGCGUCUCAUUCAGUUUUUAUACUUUUUAAAAUAAGUAUGGGACGAUUAAUGAAAGAAAAAAACACGUAUCUUGUAUAAAAUCUAUACAUAAUAAUUGUUUUGUAUGGACAAUGGAUGUUAGCCUCUGACGCUAACUGUGGAACAAUUAUGCGUACUAAUUAUAAGGAAUGUGUGAGACCCUCCAUAUACAAGGCAAUGUAAAUAUUGUAUGGUUGCGUCGCGAGUAUGGCAUUGCGUGUUCGUUUAUUCUGAGUGGACAAUUCCGAUUUACUCCGCCAUCUUGAAAAUCGCAGCGACUUUUCUCACAACAAUCUUGACAAGUAGCGAGAGACUGGUUUUGUAGACUAAGAACAAAAUAACGGCUACGCGUGCCUCUUUACAAAUCUCUAUGACAUAAAGUCGUUUAGAGACAAAUCGCCGGGUAUCGAAUAUUUGCAUUGCCUGGUGUAUGAAGAGCCUGAGUCCAUCAUCAUUUAUAUUAAGUUGGACAGGUUUUAAGUCGUGCUAUUUUGUGAUUAUUUGAUUUUGAACUGAUUGUAGCGGUGUCGAUUUUGGAAACUCGAAAUAGUAAUAAAAUACAAAGUGUACAUUUAAGUCGGAACAAAACAAAAAUUGUCAUUUCCAAGCGAUCUGUCCAACCUGUCCAAUCUAUAGAGGUCAAUAGUAUGCAUAGGAAAAUACAUCUCGAGGCAAUUUGGUUAUGACUUUCUCUCACAUCAUUUUACUUGCGAUAAUUUCAAGUUAAUUUAUUAGGAUUUUUCGGUAUCCGAAGCGUCAUUGUAUGUAAUGAUUGUAAGGUGUUUUUUAUAGAUAUCAGUAUACUUCCGUAGGACGGUUGAUAAUUCAUUCCUUACUUUGUAAAGCUUUCCAUGUAUUUAAUUAUGAAUUAAACAAUAAUACAAUCAUUGUAAGAAUAUUUAAAUGCAUUUUGCAUGUGGCUUGUGAAACUUGUAUAUUAUGAUUUGUAUUUUGUUAUCAUGAAAUGUAAGAAGCCAUUUCUUGUUUAAGUGAACGUGUUUUUGGUGUAAAAUAAUUUAUAAAUUCUAUAGGAAGUUGCUGUAGUAUCUUCGAUGUUUGGUGUUGGUGUUAUUGCGAGUUUGCAUUGCUUAAACACAUGUAUUAAAACGUAUUGUUACUUUUGUUGGUAAAAAACGUUACAAUAUUUUUAUACAUGUUUUUCUUCAUUGUAAUCGCACGGUUAUGUUGUAGAGUGUGACAAGAUGCGCAACACUAAGUCAGUGUUAGUAACAAUCUAGUAGAUAGCUAAAUAAAUUAAAUCACAACUGUAUAAUUGACUGAUAUACUUAUAUUGAUUUAGUUUAAGCACAUUUCUUCGUUAAUUUUGUUACAAUUUCACGAGGAACCGUAUUUAAAAACGUUAAUGUAGAUCUUUGUAUUUACUAAGACUUUUUUAUUUUUCUACGCUUCAAAAUUUGUCCGGACGGCAACUUAUAUGUAAAACGGCGUGCCCCAAGUUUCUAUUACUUUUUUUUUGUCUGACCUCGUUAUACUUUAAACUGUAAAAAGUUGGAAAGGCGGGCGGUUUUUUUUUACUUCUAACUGCAAAUUCAAUAUCUCAAUCUUUAAUAUGUGAAUUUUCGGUUUAACUUUAUAUUUAUGAAAUAAUCAAUUUAGUAGGUUAAUGUAAAGUGGAAGUUUUAGUUCGAAUUUAACUUUGUAGUUAUUUUGUAAUUAUAGUCUAACCUGGAUAAAGCGAGAAACUGAGAGAAACCUCUGUAAGUGAGAAAAAUAUCGCAGUCCAUUGGAUUCUCGCUUAUCCAGGUUGGACUGUAUUGUUAAGCUUGACCAUUGGUAUUCGUACGAUAAGAGUAUUUAAGCUUUCUUACGGACGUCGCCUGAGAGCGACAAGUUUUUAACGAAAUAAAACCUUUUGUAAUCAAACACUUAUUCAUCAAACAUUUGGUCUGAAAUAUAUUCUCAUAAACUAAUAGAAAAACUUGUAGAAAAUUUAUAAAUGCAUUCAAUUUUGAUACAUCCAAUCUAUAAACUGGAUCUAAAGUUUAUGAUUAAUUCAUGUGAAAUAAACGUCUCAAAGAAAUAACUUCUUUUAA